GAUUUUAACGUCUGUAACAUUCAUUCUAUAGCAUCCUUUCACCCUUGCCGAACGGACGCAAACUAAUUAUUCACAAACUAUCGUGCUUUUUCACACUUCUGAUUUCUAAAAAAUGGAGUCUAAAGGCAGACGUGUUGUCCAACAGUUGCCGGAUGAUUUAACUAAUAUUGAAUUUGAAACGAGUGAAGAUGUCAAUGUUAUUCCCACAUUUGACAGCAUGGGCCUCCGUGAAGACCUGCUAAGAGGAAUUUACGCUUAUGGAUUUGAAAAACCAUCAGCUAUUCAGCAGAGAGCAAUUGCCCCAGUAAUCAAGGGGAGAGACGUUAUUGCCCAAGCCCAAUCCGGUACUGGCAAAACAGCCACAUUUUCAAUUUCAAUUCUUCAGAGUCUUGAAAUUCAAACAAGAGAAACUCAAAUAUUGGUUUUAAGCCCCACUCGAGAGUUGGCAGUCCAAAUUCAGAAAGUUAUUCUGGCUCUUGGUGAUUACAUGAAUGUUCAAUGCCAUGCGUGUAUCGGCGGCACUAAUGUUGGAGAGGAUGUUCGAAAAUUGGACUACGGUCAGCACAUUGUUUCUGGAACCCCCGGACGUGUAUUUGAUAUGAUUCGCCGACGUACACUAAGGACACGUUCAAUUAAAAUGUUGGUCCUGGAUGAAGCCGAUGAAAUGUUAAAUAAAGGGUUCAAGGAGCAAAUUUACGAUGUCUACCGUUACCUUCCUCCAGCAACACAAGUGGUUCUUCUUUCAGCCACAUUGCCUCAUGAAAUCUUGGAGAUGACCAGCAAAUUCAUGACAGAUCCCAUUCGCAUUUUAGUCAAACGUGAUGAGUUGACACUCGAAGGAAUCAAACAGUUCUUUGUCGCUGUCGAAAGAGAAGAAUGGAAGUUUGACACGUUGUGCGAUCUGUACGACACACUGACAAUCACGCAGGCGGUUAUCUUUUGUAAUACUAAACGCAAGGUUGACUGGUUGACGGAGAAAAUGCGUGAAGCGAAUUUUACCGUUUCUUCAAUGCACGGAGACAUGCCUCAAAAAGAGCGUGAUACUAUUAUGAAAGAAUUCCGUAAUGGCCAGAGCCGAGUUCUUAUUACAACUGACGUUUGGGCUCGUGGUAUUGAUGUUCAACAAGUUUCGUUGGUCAUUAACUACGAUCUCCCUAACAACCGUGAGUUGUACAUCCAUCGUAUCGGUCGUUCUGGCCGAUUCGGACGUAAAGGUGUUGCAAUUAACUUUGUCAAGAAUGACGAUAUCCGUAUUCUCCGUGAUAUCGAACAGUACUAUGCUACACAGGUUGACGAAAUGCCCAUGAAUGUGGCUGACCUCAUUUAAUCUAUAAUCCAUUUCGGAAAAAGGAAAACAAAGAAGUUGAUGCGUCAUGUUUUUAUUUUGCUGAAUUUUUUUUUCUGUAUCCCCGAAGAUUUGGACUAAAUAUAUGAAACUUGUGGCCGUUUAA